AUGUCCAUCCUCUCUGACCUUUCUCCGGGUCUCUUUCCAAGAGACCCCGGCACAUUCGAAUGCCAAACCGCACGAGCACCAGAUUACUAUGGCCUUGGCAAUCGGCUGGGAAUCUACUUCGCCUGGGGUAACGCCUACAUCGCCAACACCAUGCUCGCAAGCGAGAUCGCCGGCGCAUCGGACACGAACAACAUUUUCCUUCUCGUCAUCCUCAUCGCCAUGAUCAAGUGCAGCAGCGCAGGCAUGCUGACACACAUUGACGGUCUGAUUCUCAUGCACCUCAGCGGCGGUUUCCUCUUCGGCACGCUCAGCAUGUGGGGUUACCGCACCCGGCAGUAUUUCGACAAUGGACCGCAGGGUAUUCGCUUCUUCGGCGGCUUCGGGACGCACUCGAGACUCAUCGUGAGCUGCAUGAUCAGCUCGUAUGGGCUUUGGUAUUGGAUGUAUGGAGUGGUGGGUGGUCUUGUUCAUAUGGGCAGUCCUGAGGAGACUGGCGACUUGGAAGUUGACCCGCCUAAUCCCCCAGAAUGCGAAACGCUGUACACAUUCAUGUUUGCCAAGGUUCGGGCGGACGGUGGUAUUAGAAUCUUUUACAUCAUCAUGUGUAUCGGCUGUAUCAUCUACUACGGAACCAUGCUUCUCAUCUCUAGUAUUGCCGGCUGGGCUCGGGCCACGAGGAUGCUGUCCCUAUUCAAGCAAAAGCGAUGGGCCGAGUCGUCCAGGUUGAAAUUUGCGACGGGUUUCAAGUAUAGAGAGCUUGAAGUCCUCUUUCGAUGGCUGCGCUGGCUCAACCUAGCCUUCCUCAUUUACUCCAUGCUUCUCGUCGAGUUCACCCUCAACUUCAAUCACGUGAACGCGGUACUGGGUGGUCCACACAAUAACGAACUGCACCUUCCGGCCCAACUUCUUCCUCUACUCAUCGGAUCUUUUGGCUUCGUACGCACCUGCUACCUCCUCUUUGAAUCCUGGCGGUCACCUGAAGACAUCGAUCCCUCUCUCUCAGCGCCACCGACCCCUGUCGCAGCACGAACAAUGCACACCCGCGAUGUGUUGUUGCUGUUUUCGCCGGCCAUGGCUCGGAGACCUACGACGUUUCACGACCCCGAUGAGAUUGACAAAACUGCGAAGCAGAGAGGGUGGCCCGUCCGGUACUUGGUGGCAUGGCUGCCUUGGUUAAGUCUUCUGGGAUUCUUCCAGGAAAGACCCGCUCUAGAAGAUAGAAAGAGACACAGCAAGGGCAGCGAAAACAGUGAAAGGGUUGAUUCUAAGACCUCGGCCGAGUACAGAACCCGACGGUCAGUGAGUCGAGGGGUCUGA